ACUCGGCUCUUGAGGUCUGAGGCGAAGGUGACCAUGGAGUUAAAAGGGCUUCUUCACGACAGCGCGCAGUCAAAAACGUUUCUCCAACAAUGGCUAAACGAGGACGAAUCCGUGGAGAGCGUUGCUACGAAGCUGCGGGUGUACAACUUGCAGCAUAACGUAGCAGUCCAACACCCAAACUGGAAUGCCCUGGUCAAGUAUGCGAGGAUGUCAGCUCGCGCGAGACACUUCGCAAAGUUUGGCACGGGUUACCACAGCAAGGCGAAGACACAGGAGUGGCUGACACGAUGGGCUAUGCAAGGCAAAUUCGACGACUACGUUGCUGGCAAGUUGGGGGUGUCGAAGCUCCCAAAGGGUCAGUACAAGAAUCACGAGAAUUACAAAGCGUUCAAGCUGUUCCAGGAGUAUCGAAAA